AUGGAAAGUGAGGUACUGAAGAGACGGAAAUUGGCAGGUGUCAAUUCUUUUGUCAAUGCACGAAGACUUCAUUUUAAACCUAUCAAACCGUCGUUAAAGAAUAUCUCGGAUUAUUUAUCAUUAAUUGGAGCACUCGCAAAUGUUAAGAAAGUUUCUGAAGCGACAAAGAUUAAAAAAACGGAAAUUUAUGGCUGGGUUGGAUUUGGUGAUGUAUCUUCUGUCGUUAAGCAUAGUCAGAUGACGAAUUGGAAUGAAGAUUUCUUUCAGCUGCAAAAAUAUGAAAAUGGCGAAAUUGCUGCGGCACUUAUAAAUGUUCUUGUCGGAAUUCCAGAUGUCUUUGAAGAAUCAUCGACUGCAGAUACUAGUAUCGAAAAUCUACUCAUGGAAGCUGCUUUUGCACAGGAUUUUAUUUUUAUGAAAGAUAGCACGCUUGAGGGUAUUACUUCUAGCGAAUCUAUUUUGUGCUAUCAGGAACCAGCGAAUGUAUUUUGUUUCAUACGUCGUAAAAACAAAAUUUUUCUUUUAACACUGCAUAAUUGCUUUGAUGCUACGGAAUAUUUCACCUACAAUAUAUGGCGCGAGAUCAGCGGUGAAUUCUUUGCUGAUUUCAAAGAUCUUCUUCUUGAAAAAAAUUUCAGAGAUAGCAAUGGGCGGAUCUUUGCGAUUGUACCUGACAAUAAGCUGAGAAUCAUGAAAGAAUUCUCUGAAUUGCAGAAUGAAUACAAAAUAAAAUAUGGCAAUUAUGAAUCAGACAAAUCUUUAUCCACAGAGGACUGGAAUGAAAUUAGUAUACUCAAUGCUAGUAUUUCGGAAGCAGAAUCAUUCGAGCUAGUUAUAGAGGAAGAAAGUGAUGAACGGGCUUUUGAUUCAACUGAUGUUGUCAACCUUAGCUCAGUUAUGUCAGAAGAACGUUACAAUCUUUUCCACAAAUGUAAGAAGGCGGAAAGAACUUUAUGGAAGGAACAAGAAAAAUUUAAAUACUCUUUAAUACCUGGAAAUGAUGUUGCUGAGGCAAGGAUUCGGUUUCGUGAAGCUGUAAGUACAAACAGUUUUUCAGUAUUGAAUUUACCAAGUCUUUGUGUUCCUGUUUUGGAGAACGAUUUACUUUCUGGUGAUGAGAAUGAAGUACAGUCGAGCAUGAAGAAAAGAAACCCACGUUCGAUCUUGAAAGAGAGCACGGGAAAUAAUUUGCCACUCUCACCGAGACCAUGA